UGUCCUUGGUGCUGAAUCAGCCGCCCAGGCUCUGCUGAUGGUGCUCUCUGUGGRCCACAUCUUGGGAUGGGUUUAACCUACAUCUUUAUUCUUUUUCGUAAUGAAUUCAACACAAGGAGAACAGUUUUUGAACUUUUUGAGCAAGGGGAUUUUGAUUAUGUUUUUAAACUUUGGUAAGAUUCAACCCUGUCUGUCUGUUAGCAAAAUAUCUCCUUAAAACCCCUGGGUUGGUUUUAUUGAAACGUUCAGGAAAAGACAGGCUAAAUUCCUUGUUUGAGCUCUCAGCGUCAUCUCCUCUCAGCCAAUCAGGACGAGCUUUUAUGCCCCUGAUUUUGACGGGUUUCUUUUGUCUGUCGCUCUGGACCAAUCAGAAGGAGCUACACACUUUGUGACGGCGAAAUCAAAGUUGUUGUAAAAGGAGUGCGCGCGAGUGUGUGCGCGAGGCGGACGGGAGACGGAGAAAAAAAGAGCAGGAUACUUUUUUAUUUUUUUAAACAAUUAGUCUGAUUUUUAACAAUUCAGAGUUUCAAAUCUGUGAGAAAGACGCUCAUUUUUCGACGGGGGAAAAAAAUAAAUCUUUAAAAAAUGUUGCUGAUAAAAUAAUGUGUCGACCGUCUGAAUCUUAUCUCUUCGCGCGAGACUGUAGCGCCGUUCAGAGCUCUGCAUGAGGAGUUUUCCUGCUCCUCUGUCGCCGCGGACUUCAGGUUUGCUGCUGAAGGAGGGUUGUCUUGAUUCGAGAUGACGGAGAUCAGCGAGAAGGAGAGCGAGCCUCAGAACCGGGACCUCAGCAGGCAGGGCACCAGCCAACCAGAGUCAAAGCUGCAGAGGCUGAAGCGCUCCCUGUCCCUCAAGUCGGUCAUACGCAGCAAGAGUGUGGAGAACUUUUUCCAGCGCAGCAAUGGUGAAACUCGACCAGCCUUUAUCAGCGCACCCCCACCCCCACCUUCUCCUCCCCCCUUCUCUGAAAGCCCCCUGGGCUACGAGCGCUCUCCGUCCAUUUCUCCAUCCAUGAGUUCCAACCCGUCGUUGUCGUCGCACUCCCCCACCGUCAGUCCUUCACUGUCCAGGACCUUAAAGACCCAACCAAAGUCUCAGACCCAGCCGGUCAGGACCCACUGUUUUCAGGAACAUGUCUUCCGGAGGCCUGCGAGCUGCCAGCGAUGCAAACUUAUGAUCCAAGGGAACUCCAAACAGGGUCUGCGUUGUAAAUCCUGUAAACUGGCAACCCACCUUUGGUGCUCCUCAGAGCUCUCUCAGCAGACCUGCAAUGGCAAGGCAGGAGCUUUUAAGAAAAACUUCAGCUCUCCUCUGCUGACCAUUGAUCCACUGGGUGCAGUGAGAGAAGCUCCUGCUGCUCAGGAGACAGAAAAUGUCAUCGUUGACCCCGUGUACCAGGCGCUGCGCUACGGGACGUCACUGGCUCAGAUGAGCCGCUCCAGCUUCGGAAGCAUCUCUGAAUCCCCCUGUCAUGAGGCAGAAAAACUGCAAGACAAACUAGAAAACCAGCCUAUCGCAGAAGAGGAACAGAUUCCAGGAAUGCUCACCCCUCCUGAAAGUGAGAAGGCUGAUUCAGAAGACAGGGUCAGCCUGAAGACUCCAAAGCGGGUGGAGGUUCACUCCAUUCACACCUACGUAGCCCUCUACAAGUUCCUGCCUCAGGAGAAGAACGACUUGGAAUUACAGCCCGGUGACAGGAUUCAAGUCACGGAUGAUUCUAAUGAAGACUGGUGGAAGGGAAAAAUCCGAGACAAGGUGGGAUAUUUCCCGGCCAACUUUGUGCAGCGGGUUCGCCCCGGCGAGCGGGUGUGGAAGGUCACUGCGGGUUUCCACGGCAGCCGAGACAAAAGCCAGAUGACUGUGAAAGAGAACCAGAUCUGUGUGGGGAAAAACGAGGAGACUGACGGCUUCCUCCGGCUGAGCAGCGCGAAGAAGAGAGGCCUGGUCCCUCUGAAGUGUCUGCUGGAAGUAUGAUGGCUUCUCCUUGAUCCCCCCAUGUUAACCUGACGAAGAAACACUCAGGAGAGUUCAACCAGCACCUCACUGAAAAGCAACCACCACAUUAAAAAAAAAAAAARAAAAGAAAAAGUGGCUACAAAUGAGCAGCUUGAGUGGCGAUAGCCCACAGUUUUGCUUUUGGCUGCAAAAAGACCAAAGUUCUCACUUGAAGGAGCUUCUUUGGAGGUGCUCUGCUCUCCCAGUAGCACAGCUUCUUUUUGUGAGCUUUGAACACUCGCARGAGAAAUGUAGCAAAUAAAACGGAGGAGGAGACGUGUUGAGGGRACUCUGGCUACCUCAGAAGCCAUUUCCACUGAUCCGCUGCUAACGAAGGAGGAGCAAGGACUACUUUAUGACAUCAAGGCAAGCUCAAAGUCUGUUCAAACUGUCUUCAUUUUGUUGUGUGUGUAGAGAGGAAUCACAGUAAAAUACUCGAGCUGUUUUGGCUUGAACAGACCAAGUUAAGUGGAUUUCAGCUGAGUGUAAAAAAUCUCCACAUUGUCACAAUAUGCAGGUUUGUUGCUCUAAUUCAGAUUUAUUAUUUGCAUACUGACUAAAUAUUCAGGUAUAACAUUCAGUAAAAGCGCAAGUCAAAAACACACACAUUUACAUACUCACACCAGGGUUUUCUGUGACCCAAACUGCUCCUCGGUAAUUAGAAUACGGUGCAUUCGUGCCGUCACCAGCUUCAAUGUGACUAAUAUUUUGCAUGCACCUUGGGGAGGAGUUAGUUUGCCCUUCAGUCACACUCUGUCCUGUCCUCACACGCAGAGCUUAUAUAUUCACUUUUAUCUUAGCAGCUCUUUAAUUAGCCAUUAGAAUAUGUCUCCUGUUAUUCUAUUAUACUCAUCCUCUAUCUGUAUGUAACGCCUGGUUAUAUUAUCAUGUGUUUUACCGGCAGGGAAGAGCAGAACAAAACAAAAUAAUUAAAACAGGGAAAACUGUCAAUCUUUCAGUCACUCAAAACCAUCACCGUAUAAUUUUUCUGACUCCGACAUUGUGGCGGAAAUGAUAACAACGGACAAAAUUACCUCACUCUCUUUAAUUCAAUGCUCUGCCGUUAAUAAUAAGGCGGUGACAAAGCUGCCUCGGCUGUGGCAAUAAGUGUAAAUAUAAACAUGACGGUGUUUGUAAAUAGYUUUGUUUACUUUGGCUCUAAAUAACCCUGACCGAGAGGUUUGCAGCUUGGCCAGAGCCAAAGCAGGGCAUUAUUUCAGCUCUUCUAUCUAACCUGCAGGAGAUUAAUGUUUACGGUCUCAACGAUCUGCAGGGUGUACGCAUCACUUUGCUCAGAUGAUAUUGAAAUUGAGAUUUGACAUUGAAAAAUUAAACACUGAAAAAAGAAACAAUGAAAAGUGAAACAUUGAAAAACUAAACAUUGAAAAGAUUUUGGCAUUGUAACUUUAAAAU